CUGCCCAUCGUCCUCCGCUUCUCUCUUCAACUCUCUGCCAUCUCAAAGACUCUUUCAUUUGCCUGCCAUGGCUAUUCUUCUCAAGACGCCGCCGUUUAAGUGCCCUUCUUCUCUAUCUCCAUCUCUAAGACCCAAUUCCUUAAACCCUCCAAAGCCCUUUAAUGUCUGCUUCAAAGAGAGAUUUCCUCGUAGAACCGGUGUCCUCCGGUUCAGAUCCACUCCUUCUCUUCGGUUCGUGAAGUUGGUUACUUUUGCUAAUAAUGGCGGUGAAACCGAGACCACUGAGACGCAACAAGAAGCUCAAAUUGAGGAUUCUUUGGAUGGUGCUGUCAACGUUGAAGAGGACACCACUGGAGAUGAGAGUAGUGAUUCUGAAGACAUCCCAUCUUCAUCUAUCCCAUCAUUGCUCCUAACAUACAAAGAAGCUUUGGCUAGUAAUGACGAGUCGAAAGUUGCCGCUAUAGAAGAAUUUUUAAAUUCCAUUGAAGACGAGAAAGUUGAACUUGAAAAGAAAAUAACUUCUUUGUCAGAAGAAUUGUCGAUCGAGAAGGAUCGGAUUCUUAGGAUUAGUGCCGACUUUGACAACUUUCGUAAGAGAACAGAGAGAGAUCGCCUUUCAUUAGUAAGUAAUACCCAGGGAGAGGUUCUGGAAAAUUUGUUGCCUGUUUUGGAUAAUUUUGAACGAGCCAAAGCGCAAAUUAAGGUUGAGACAGAGGGAGAAGAGAAGAUCAAUAACAGCUACCAGAGCAUCUACAAGCAGUUUAUGGAAAUUUUGGGCUCACUCGGUGUUGAACCUGUCAAAAAUGUGGGAAAUCACUUUGAUCCAAUGUUGCAUGAAGCGAUUAUGCGUGAGGAUUCUGCUGAAUUUGAAGAAGGUAUCAUUCUUCAAGAAUUCCGGAAAGGGUUCAAGCUCGGAGACAGGCUGUUGCGGCCAUCGAUGGUUAAAGUAUCUGCUGGCCCAGGUGCAAAGCCUGAACAGGGAGACUCGUCAGAAAGGGUUAAAGUAUUUGCUGGUGAAAGCUCCAAGAGCAGUGAAACCGUCGAAAACAAUGAUGCUGGGAGCAGUGAAACUACCAAGACCAACCCGGGAUCUGCAGAGGCAUCUUAAAGACUAUAUAAAGAAGAUGGAUUCAGUUUUGUUUAAAGAAACCCAGUGUUAAACGUUACUUUCAUUGUUAGAACUCAAUUUUGGUUUUCAUUUUGUUGAAGAGUAAUUUACAAUGAAAUGAGGAAAUGUAAUGUAUUGGGAGCAAUUUAUGUAUCACCACUUUCAAUCUCUGCUUGGAA